AUGGGGGUAACGUUUUCCGCAGUGUUUGGAGUGAUCCUGUAUCGUAUCACCAUGCUGUCUAUCUGGUCCAUGAACCCAGACCCUGAGGCCAAGGCCUCUGUUAGGAUGACCGUGACCACCACCGCCAUCAUCAUCAACCUGCUGGUUGUAUUGAUACUGGAUGAGAUCUACGGAGCUAUCGCUGUCUGGCUCACUAAACUGGAGGUUCCUAAGACGGAAGCGGAGUUUGAGGAGCGUCUGAUUCUGAAAUCGUUUCUGUUGAAGUCCAUGAACACCUUUGCUCCUGUCUUCUAUGUGGCUUUCUUCAAGGGCAGUAAGCUAAAAAAAAUGUACAGAACAUACAAGGAGAAGGAUAAAGGAGGAGAGGAAGAUGAGGAUGAGGAGGAGACGAAGAGGCCAAAGCAACAGUGGGACAAAGACUUCUCUCUGGAUCCCUAUGAGGGGCUGAGCCCGGAAUACAUGGAGAUGAUAAUCCAGUAUGGGUUUGUCACCAUCUUCGUGGCAUCGUUCCCUCUGGCUCCUCUCUUUGCUCUGCUCAACAACGUGAUUGAGAUCCGCCUCGACGCUGCCAAGUUCACCACAGAGAUCCGUCGCCCAGAUGCUGUGCGCCGCAAAGACAUAGGAAUAUGGUUCAACAUUCUCACUGGAAUCAGCAAGUUUUCUGUCAUAACAAAUGCCUUUGUGAUCUCAUUCACUUCGGACUUCAUUCCUCGGACGGUGUACCAGUACAUGUACAGUCAGACUGGCAGCAUGCACGGAUUCACAGAACACUCCCUGUCCUACUUUAACGUGUCCAACUUUGAGGCUGAUUCCUCCCCCUCCUCUACACUAUUUACUGGAGUCACCAUAUGCAGAUAUAAAGACUACAGGGAUCCACCGUGGGGAGCUCAGCCAUAUUCCUUCUCUAAACAGUACUGGUCUGUCCUGGCAGCUCGAUUGGCCUUUGUCAUCUUCUUUCAGAACCUGGCGAUGUUCCUGAGCAUGCUGGUGGCCUGGUUGAUCCCUGACGUUCCUCGUUCUCUUAGAGAACAGGUCAGGAAAGAGAACAUGUUGCUGAUGGAGUUCCUUGUUCAGGAUGAACAGGAAGCCCUACGCUCCAGACUUCCACACCACUCCCCCACACGACAACCUGCACAAACACAUAACCCACACUCACACAUUGACAUAGUGGUGGAGGGGUCAGUGGGAGAAGAGGAGUCGGAGGAGGAGAAGAUGGACAGAUCAGGACAAACCCUGGACAACCCAGAUAGUACUGACCCAGCAGAAGAAGGAGAAGAGGGGAAAGAAGAAGGGUCAGAAGAGCAGAGCGAAGGAGGAGAAGAGGGGAGAGAAGGAGCAGAAGGAGACAGAGGAGGAGAAGGGCCAGACCAGGAGGAAGUCUCCGUUGUGGAUCUGGACUCUGUUAUGGACCAGCUGUAUCUGUCAGACCCAGAGCCGUCUCAGAGCCAGAGCCUAGCUGACAUGGAGCUGCCUGUCUCUGGAGCAGCCCCACUGGAGCAGGAGGACGAGCCACCAGGCCCAGACAGCCCUCCAGCUGCCCCAGUAGGGGACACAGCCUCCCCCGAGACCCCCCUGGCCAAGACCCACCCAGCAGGCCUGAAGGCUGCAGACAGCAGGCUGUUCUCCAGAGGCCCUCCCCUCAUAGAUUCAGCAUACUCCAGGAUCAAGGGCCGCUGCUCCACCCUGCCUCCCAAACAGAGAGGGCCUGAGCCAGGGCACAGCCGGCCCCGACCCAGCCACUCAACCAGCCUCACAAAGUUCCACCUUCCACCUCUACCUCCUCUGGCCCCCUCACCUUCCCCUACAAACACCCCUCAGUCACCCCCUCCCAAGCCCCUGUCUCACAGUGAACUGUUAAUGCUGAAGGGGCCUCCCAGAAGAGAACCAGGAGGCUCCAGGGCUAAGGGGCGCUGCUCCACUCUGCCUGCCCGCCAGCGAGGUCCCGAGGCUGGGGAGAGCUCCUCCAGACCCAGCCACUCUUCCAGCUUCACCCGGCAGGAAGACCGUAUCCCCCCAUCCCCCAGUGAACUAAAACAAGACACCCCGGUGUGAAGAGAGGGGAAAUAGAGGGGGAGGAUUAGAGAGGGACAGCUGAGUCUCAUCAUCAGAGAAAUUGAUCCGUCCAUCUCUCCGUCUUCAUCCACCCAUCUCAUAUGACAGCUCAGAUGCAACACUGACUUGGUUGUAGGAACCAAAUGGACCUGUUCUUCUUCUAACGCAUCAGUUAAUAGCUCAGGUCGAUUCACUGGGUUUAUAAAGGAGAAUGAAGCGGAAUAAACCAGGAUAAAAGAGAGUAGAGGAGAAUAAAAUGUAUUAAAUGAUAAU